AACAAAGUAACAGUGGACUAUACAGAAUUUUAUUUUUUGGAUAACUGGACUAUCCAGAAUUUAAGAAAAGAAGUGGGGAGCAAAUUGCUAUAUUGACAUUGUCUGGGAUUACAAAUCUGCAAUAGUGUGCCACAGAAGCUUUCAAAGUUGCUUAUAAAUUUUCAACUUCCCUCGAAACCCCCAAAUUCAAAACCUUCCCUCAUUCUUCCUAUUCCGUUCCCAGAAGCAAAAUUUCAUGGCAUUCCCGUAAAUUCGAAGACAAUCAAUGGCAGAUUCGCAGUCGGAUUCAAACGCCUUCAGUGUUCGGAUCGUCUCCAUCGAUCACUACAUGGCUCCGCCGACCCAUGGCCUUGAUAUCUCUUACAGUACCUUCCAAGGUGGGAAAGUGAGUGAGGUUCCUGUUAUAAGAAUAUAUGGUUCUACACCAGCUGGUCAGAAGACUUGCUUGCACGUCCAUGGGGUUUUACCCUAUUUAUAUGUGCCUUGUGCGGAUAUAUCGCUUCAACCACACGAGGAAGGUGAUGCAUACACACAUGCUGUAUCUCUUGCUCUUGAGAAAGCUUUGAAGGAUGGGCCAUGUGCAUUUAUCAAAGAUGAAGUUUUGUCAUCCAGUACCAGACACUUUCUCACCAAGGAAAUCUGAUCAUAUUAGUCAGCAUAUGGAUGAGUUGACUUGCAUGCCAAUUGAUUUCCAGGGUCACUGAUGAGGACAGGGAAGAAUCUCUUAAAGAGAAAGAGCUUGUCAUUGGAUAGUAUGCAUAUAAGGCCAAGAGGGAGGAUGAAAAUUGAGUGGGGGUUUCAUUACACACACAAAAAAAUUUGUCAAGUGGACUAGUAGAAAAGUUUUUUUUUUGGUAAACGCAGAAAAGUUAGUUAAUAUGGUCUUUAAUGUCAAUACAUUAUCUGUCAAGAUUAAGGCACUAAAAAUUGUAGAUAGAGAUAGAAUUUGACUCAUUCUUAUUAUUGCUGGAUUGAGAUUUUCAUAAUUAAUAGCUUAUGAUGUUUCUCAA